AUGGCCAAAGAAACCGCAGCCGAUGAUGAAGUCGCAAAAUUUCUGGAAGAACUUUAUAAAGAAGGAGACAUAGAAAUGGACGAAGCAACCAUUCAAAUGAUUAGAGAAAGAAAUGAAGAAUCACAAAGGCCGUCAGACUUACAAUCGCAAAGUCAACAACAUGCAAUGAUAACUACUGCAGAGAAUAAUAUUGAGGAACCAAUUGAAUCAUAUCCGGAUAUUGAUUCAACUAGCGGAUCAGAUGAUGAUUCGAGAAACCAUAUGUCCAAUUCUUUCUCUCGGGAUUGGAGAAGUCAUGACGACUCACAAUCGCCGUGGCCAAUGCCUGAAGACUUGAGAAUCUAUCACCCUUCAGAACAACGAUCACGACCAUCAUCAUCAUCAAAGGAUUCUGGACAGCACUACUCUGAAGGAUUAUCACCAGGCGAGACAUCCGAGCAAGUACAAGCAGAGGUACCAUCCCCAGAACCCAAGCCCGAGGAAAGUGAUGACAGCUCGGACCUUUCGUCCCAGAGCACCGGAGUAAAAUGUUCCACGAUAGGUUUGGUAGCAUUCGCAUGGCUUAUUGUUGGUGUUGGUUUGGGGGUUGGCUUUGGAAUUGCUGCUGCAAACAAGGAUGACGAGCCAGCUGCAUCCACAGCGGACUCUACUGGCGGCGACAAGCAGGACCACGAUGCUGUUGGUGCGAUCAAAUUGCUGGAUUCCAAGGACUAUUUCCUGUUUGGUGGUGAGGAACUGGCAGCCACCAUGGAGGCCAUUGACGUGUCAGCCUGUCUAGAAUUUUGCAAAGAGUAUGACGCCAUGCAGUAUCUCCAAGUCCAAGAUAUGUGCGCCUGCUACAACUCUGUCUCCUGCCUCAUGCCAUGGGGACCCAAAGUCGACACUACUAACUAUCAGUUUGUAGGAGACUUGUACACCAAGAAUGAACUCGAGGAAUGUUCGGAAGACUACUGCCAAGCAUUGCAGGACAAAGACGGACUUUGCUUCACAGCCAAUUAUCAAGACUACACAGAAUAUUCGCUUCACGGGGUAAACAUUGUUGAACGAGAAUCCCAAAGGGUGGAGACACUGGAGGAAUGCUUGGAUCUCUGUUCACCAUACGACACCGCCAGUUUCUUGAAUUGGAAAGAUUGCACUUGUUACGAUCAAGCCGAGUGUUGGUUGGAAUGGGGUGAUUCCUUUGACACUCCGUUGCUGUUGGGAAUGGUAUAUAGCAAGAAACCGUUGGACGUUUGUUUGGAAACCUAUUGCGAAAUCUAUCAAGACGCUCGCUGUUUCAAGGGCAAUGUACAAGACUCCAAGGAGUACAGUGUCGUUGGCACGGCUCUAACCGAGCUAAAUUCUACUUUGGUUUCAAGCGAGGAAGAGUGCCUCGAGUUAUGUGCACCAUACGAUGCAGCCAGUUUUCGACGACCGGACGUUUGCACCUGCUAUGAAAAUCCUACCUGUUGGUUGGAGUGGGGCGAGAACGUAGAUACAUCACUCUUCUUUGGCAACGUUUACAGCAAAACACCUCUCGAUUUUUGCGAGUUUGACUACUGCGACGUCAACAAUCCAGAUUCACUAUGCUUUACUGGCAAUGAAGAGGACUAUCGAUUCUAUUCAUUGUAUGGUGAGUCCAUGGUGGAAAUGGCAUCCGGUCAAACACCGGGAAGUUUGCAAGCCUGCUUGGACUUGUGCGCCCCUUACGAUGCGGCAGCCUUUGAGAACUUUGCCGAUUGUUCAUGCUAUAACUCUGUCCAAUGUUUACUACGAUGGGGAAAUGAAAUUGAUUCAGAUGACUUUUUUGGGACAGUCUACACUAAGAGAGGCUUGCAAGAGUGUGAACUAGACUACUGUGACGCCGUUGGAAAUGAUGGACUCUGUUUUACUGGAAGUACCAAGUCCUACAGCACCUACUCUUUGUUCGGCAAUAAUAUGGAGGAAAUGGCAGCGAGCAACGAUGUGAAGAAUAAAGAGGAAUGUCUCGACUUUUGCAAGGAAUAUGAUUCCGCUCAAUAUCUUAACUUUCAAGACCCAAAGUGCAAGUGCUAUAAUGGCGCAGAAUGCUGGUUGGCCUGGCCUCCAGAUGUGACAACCAGUGGUGUCGAGUAUACGGGCGAUGUGUACAGCAAGGAGGAGCUCCAAUUCUGCAGCUUCAGCUACUGCAGCGGGAAUCUGUGUGCUUCUGGGAAUAAUAGACAAUAG